AUGGGAUCAGGGGAUUUGAACUUAUUGAAAUCAUGGAAUCCCAAAUUAGUCAAAAAUAGAAAGAAGGUUUGGGAAACUGAACAGGAAUUAUUGAAAGAAGAACAAAAACUAGAAGAAAGACGUAAAGAGAUCGAAAAAGAAAGAGAAUUAAAUGAAUUAAUCAACUCUGACGUCAAUCAUGGUAAAAGUCAAAAACAGACAGGGCUUGAAUGGAUGUAUAAAUCCGUUACUUUUGAUGAAAAUGAGGACUAUUUACUUGGAAAGAAAAAAUUGGAUACAACUAUUAUUAAGAAUAAACCAAUAGAUGAUAAGCCCAAGAAAGAUACUACUAUCGCUGCUGAACGUCCCAAGUAUGACUAUUCUAAUGACGAUCCCAUGAGUAAGUUUAACAAAGUCCAGAAAAGGUCAAGACCAGUUGAGAAAAAGAAAGUCUCUAAACCAUCAGUUACCAGAAAGAACACUAAUACUGCUACUACCGUUACAAAAAAUUAUAAAGAUUUUGACUAUUAG